UAAGCACUGAGUGUUAAUUACCCACAGUUACAUUCAUUGACAUUUCUACAUUGAUUAGUGGUUGACCAACCAAGAUAAUGAAUAUUCAACAACUUUUAUUUUAUAAUUUCAUUCUGCUUUUCACCACUUUACAAGACACAGCUUGCAUGGAGGUCUCCAUCAUAGGCGGGAAGAAGGUCAAAAAACCUAAGCCAUGGCUGGUAUCCAUUCAGUUACAAAACCAGCAUGUCUGUGGAGGAAUAUUGAUUCAGGACCAGUGGGUUUUGACUGCUGCACACUGUAAAACAUUACUACGACCUCCACAAUCAGUAAGCAUCCUUUUAGGAGCUCUCUCUUUAACAAAAAAAAGCAAAAACAUUCAGCAUAUUGGAGUCCAAAGUUAUCAUAUCCCUGAAACAUUCAGCAGGAACUCAAAAAAGGAUGACAUCAUGCUAGUUAAGCUCCACAAAAAGCCCAAAUUAAUAAAAAAAAGAGUGGAAGUGAAGACAAUCCCCAUAUUAGGAAAAGAUGUCCCAGCUGGAACAAAAUGUAUUGUGAGUGGAUGGGGAACUACCAAUAAAGAAGUCUUGAAAGCCAGUAAAACACUGCAAGAGGCUGAGGUGACAGUGGUGAAAAGGAACCUGUGCAAAGAUUUCUACCGUGAAAUCCUUGUGAUCACCGAUGAUAUGCUGUGUGCAGGGGGAAUAAAGGCACAAAGAGAUGCAUGUUGGGGUGAUUCUGGUGGACCUUUGGAAUGUAAUAAUGACAUUGUGGGUGUGGUGUCAGGGGGAAAUGGAUGUGGUGACCCCAAAAAACCAGGUGUCUACACACUUCUCUCCAAGAGACAUGUUUCCUGGAUAAACAGCAUACUAAAAAAAUAUAAGGGCACAGUAGUUUAGUGAUAUAUGCUUUAUGAUUACAUACUCAAGGGUUUGCAUUUUUUUGGUGACAUCCAUUGUCUAUAUAUAUAAAGAUACAUUUGUAUUCUGA